CAGUGGACCAGCACAGAUUGAAAACGGUGGUUUAGCUUGUGAUCGAUAUCAAGAGCACACUUCUCAGAGUAAGAGUUGAAUGCUGCUGGCCCCACUCUCCGCGAUUUACCGUCAGAUUUAAAGCUACUGCCACUAGCAGGAGGACUACUGUUUUUGGCGAGAAACGCGGUAAAACGCAGGGGUAGCACCAUAAAUUUUAACAAGUGACAAAAGUGACAAGUGGUGGUUUAGAAUUUUUUUGGAUUAAUUCUUAUAAACAAAUUAAACAAAAUGGAGGCUAAUCAGUUUAGGGAAUUCGGAAAGGAGAUGAUUGACUACGUCGCCAACUACCUCGAGAAUAUCAGAGAAAGGCGUGUACUACCCACGGUUGAACCAGGAUAUUUAAGACCACUUAUACCAGAAACAGCACCAGAAAAACCCGACAAAUGGGAAGACAUCAUGAAGGAUAUUGAAAGAGUUAUUAUGCCAGGAGUAACUCACUGGCAUUCACCCAGAUUUCACGCUUAUUAUCCGACGGCCAAUUCUUAUCCUGCGAUUGUUGCCGACAUACUCAGCGGUGCAAUCGCCUGCAUAGGUUUCACUUGGAUUGCCAGUCCAGCGUGCACGGAACUUGAAGUUGUUACGUUAGAUUGGCUUGGAAAGAUGUUGGGGCUUCCAGAAGCUUUCCUCGCUUGUUCCGGUGGCAAAGGAGGAGGCGUUAUCCAGGGCACCGCUAGUGAAGCCACUUUAGUUGCGCUGCUUGGAGCUAAAGCACGAACGAUUGACAGAGUUAAGAAAGAACGUCCUGAAUUAUCCGAGACGGAAAUCGUCGGGAAAUUAGUUGGAUACACGUCGAGUCAAAGCCACUCUUCUGUAGAACGUGCAGGUCUUUUAGGAGGAGUGAAACUUAGAUCAGUUCAGCCAGAUGAAUCAAACAGACUGAGUGGGGCAUUAUUAGAAAAAGCUAUUCAAGAAGACAUAGAGGCUGGACUCAUACCGUUUUAUGCUGUAGCAACACUUGGAACAACGUCUUCAUGCACCUUUGAUCGAUUGGACGAAAUGGGCCCAGUUUGCAACAACAAUAACGUUUGGCUUCACGUUGACGCAGCGUAUGCUGGUUCUGCCUUUAUUUGUCCUGAGUACAGGUAUCUCAUGAAUGGUGUCGAAAAAGCCGAUUCUUUCAAUUUCAACCCCCACAAAUGGAUGUUAGUUAAUUUCGACUGCUCUGCUAUGUGGCUCAAAGACCCAUCCUGGCUGGUAAACGCAUUCAACGUGGAUCCACUGUACUUAAAACACGACCAACAAGGCUCAGCUCCCGAUUACCGCCACUGGCAAAUUCCUCUAGGAAGAAGAUUUAGAUCUCUUAAAUUAUGGUUCGUAUUAAGAUUAUAUGGUGUAGAAAACAUUCAAGCGCAUAUUAGAAAGCAGAUCGGUUUAGCCCACGACUUCGAGGCUUUGGUUAGAAAAGACGAUAGAUUCGAAAUCACAGAGGAAGUUUUGAUGGGCUUAGUCUGCUUUAGACUGAAAGGUUCCAACGAGACAAACGAAACAUUGUUGAAGAGGAUCAAUGGUAGAGGAUUCAUUCAUUUAGUACCUUCCAAAAUUAGGGAUACGUACUUCUUAAGAUUGGCCAUUUGUUCCAGGAUGACUGAGAAGUCCGAUAUCGAGGGGUCAUGGAAAGAAAUUAGGGCAGCCGCGGAUGAAGUUUUGACCAAAAAAGAAUAAAUUGUAUAUUGACAAAGCCUAGAUUGAAAAAAAGUGAUCUGUACAUUUAAUUUAUUAUAUAAUUUAUAAUUUAGUAUUACUAUUUAUUAAGACAUGCUUAAUUUAGUCAAAAGAAUGCAAAUAUCCUGCCAGCAGUUACUCAAGCCCAUGGAAGAAAGACAUGACACUAUUGAAGCGUUUAUUGUGGCCCAUUUAUGUUUAAAUAUAAUUUUUGAUGACCAGUUUAUAAUACUCUUUUAAUUUUUUACAAUUUUAUGUCAUUGUUUUGGCUAUAAUAUGACCUUUGACUUGAACAAUCAUCGAAUAUAUUUAUACACCUAGUAUGAAAAUUAAGUUUAAGAGUACGCUUAGUAAAGUUAUAGUAUUUAUUUUUGAAAAAUUUCAACUGCUUAAAGAAUAUUGUUAUCAUAUUUUCUAAUAAAAAUAUUUAUUAUUUCUGGAGUCCAUUGUUAUAAUUUUUGAAGAUAAAAAUUUUACAGCAGAAAAUAAUUUGUAAAAAAUUUAAUACAAGAAGAAUACUACUAAAUUCGACCAUAAUUUUUAACAGAAUAACGUUUUCUUCUGAUCAGACUACUAUUAUACAAUCCUAGUCCUUUUUAAUUUAGCUAUAUACAGUGCUAGUCAAAAGUCCGUACCCCCCCUCGUAACUUUUGAACGGUUAUACUUAUAAUAGUGAAAUUUGGAGGAAGGAAAUGAACUGACGUAUGCUUCUUAACUAGUCAUGACAGGUGACGUAAAAGUGACAGCUGACUUUACAGCGCCACUGUGACAGAUAAUUUUAAAUGGUACCCUAUGGUAAGCGAUACCUCGUUUGAUAGGUAUUGAAAAUACCCAUUCAGCUAUACUAAUUUUGUUUGAGUUUAAACUCAUUUGUAUGAAUAAAUGAAAUAAUAUAAAAUUGUAGUUUCGCAUUUAAUUAAUAAAAAUUCAAACCUCCGCCUAUGGUUACUUGUCAAAAAGGUUGACGUUGACGUAAAAACUACUAGAGAGCUGAAAAAUGUCAACUUUUUUGACAAAAUAACCAUGGGCGGACAUUUGAAUUUUUAAUAAUUAAAUGCGAAACUACAAAGUUAUAUUUAUUUCAUUUAUUCACCAAAAUCAAAAUCAAAUUAAACCCAAAAAAAUUAGUAUGACUGAAUAGGUAUUAUCAAUACCUUUCAAAUGAGGUGUCACUUGCCAUAAGGUCCCAUUUAAAAUGAUCUGUCACAGUGGCGCUGUAAAGUCAUCUGUCACUAUUACGUCACCUGUCAUGACUAGUUAAGAAGCGUACGUCCGUUUAUUUCCUCCCUCCAAAUUUCACUAUUAUAUGUAUAACCGUUCAAAAGAUACCAGGGGGGGUACGGACUUUUGACUAGCACUGUAUAAUUGAUUCAUGAUUUAUUCGUUCAGUCAUGAUUCAUUUUCAAACAAAUUAAGUCAAAACAUAAAGUGAAACGUAUGUUGAUAUGUAUAGUAUAUAAUAUACUAAAUAUAGUAUUCGCGGUGUGCAAGUACUUGGAAAGGGAAACGAGAAACGACCGUGCGCGAGUCGCGGAGAAAUAUUGCAACUAUCUUAAAUAAUUCAUAUUGUCAAUUGAAAUUGUCAAAUUGACGUAUAUUUCAUACCUUCUGUCAUUGACUUAGAAAAAUUAUAUAUUGCUCCACAAUAUUGAUAUGAUAUGCAAUUAUUAUAUAAAGGUAAAUUUAAUUAAUUGUAUUUUGCUUGCAAUACUGCAUUUUAAUAACGGAUUUUAUUUACUACAUACAAUUGUUUACGUUUGCUAAACAUAACCUGCAUCUUAUUUUUUUCUUCUUAUUAUUUUUUUGGACUAUGGUCUUGACAAUUAUCCAGCAACCAGGACUAAUAUAAUUGGCCAAUAUAAUUAAAAGUGCGAAUAAAAGUACAGAGCGUAGAAAUAGAGGUCGCUUUGCCGAACUUGCACGGUCCCAAUACAGUUUACACAGUGAUGUAUAUACACAUUGAUGUACGUUUCACUUUAUGUUUUGACAUAAUUUGUUUGAAAAUGAAUCGUGACGAAUGGGCAAAGGUAAAAUGCAACAAUUUUAUCUUUUUGUCCUUUUAAUACUCAGUUAAUCGGAAUAUUUAACCUUUAGUCCAUUUCUUAGGUCUGAAAAUCUGCUCUGUAAUAUUUAAUAUUUCACAAUAUUUUGUUCAUCUGAUCUCUUUACUAUUGUCUCCGUUAUCUAUUCUUCAGCUAAAAAUCAUUCCACUGGUAGUGCCCGAACAGAGACCUGUUAAAAGCAAGGAAAGAUUUAUUAAAUCUAUGGGUGGAAUAUUUAAGUCAGACACUUAAUAUGGAUAUAAAGAAAGAAGGAAAACAUUCAAGACGAAAGGAAUGAAGUUAGCGAAAUGUUUGGUACACCUGGUAGAAACGUAACGGGCGAUAUACCAUUAAAUUUCCUGUUGAGAAACAAUUUAUAUUUAAUGACUAGUUUCUUCUAUAAGAAGAUCCAUAGAAGAUGGACUUGGAGGAGCCCCGAUGGUAAGACCAAAAACGAGUUAGUUCCUGCAGCUUUUACAAUAUCGUCAUUCCAUCGCAUCUCAGGUCUUCCUUUUCCUCUUCUUCCUGUCCACGGUCUGCAGUUUUGUAUUUCAGCAUUCCAUCUUUUAUCUUCCUGUCUGGCAUUGUGGCCCGCAAAUCUCCAUUUUAACCCUGUUAUAUGUUCAGUUACAUUUUUUACUUUUGUUUUCUCUCUUAUCCAUUUGUUUGAUUUUCUGUCUUGUAGUUUUAUUCCCAACCAUAUCUUUUCAUUUUUCUUUGAGUUAUUUCAAUUUUGUUUAUGUUGGUCUUUGUUAAUGUUCAUGUUUAUGAGCCAUACAUCAGAACAGGAAGGAUGCACUGGUCAAAUACACGGGUUUUUAGGUACUAAUGAUGCUGGAUUGAUGAUGAUGAUGCUGGAAUGUCAUCGCAAAUUUAUAUUUUCUUUGAGUAGUGGGGUGCUCCUAUUAUUUUCCUAGUGUGUCCUCUGGAAAAUUCGAAAACCUUAGCUAUUUAUAAGAUAAUUCGUUGCCAACUGAUAAUCAAAGAUUGUUAACUUUAGUAGAAUGUUAUGUUUUGAUCUUGUUGUCUAUAUGGAAAUGAUUGUUUAUAUUUAUUAAAUAAUUUCUUCUUUUAUAAAGAUAAUAUGUACAAAUGUACUAUAUACUUUAUUAAACAAAUUUCAGUAACGUUACAAAUUUCAAGACGGUUAAUAUACACCAUACUUAAUUUAUUUUCUUUUUAGUGUAAGAUAUAUAUCGAAAAUGUUGUUAAGUAUAAUAAAACGCAUUUGAAAAACUA